AUGCCAGUGGCCCGGUGGUCAACCGUCGCACGCCCAUGUCGAUUAAUCGCCCGUCGCCGGUAUCCUAUCCCUUCGUCGGCACACUCGCGCCGCUUUCAUAUUUCGCGACAAUGGCAAUCAGCAUCGUCUCCGCCAACCGAACCUGGUGAAGAUCCUCCCACUGGGGACUUGAUUGAUGAUAUACAAACUCCGAAUCUUAAUCAUGCAUCUGCAAAUUCCUCCUUAAACCCCGCUGUGAUUGACAAAUCGGUGGCAAGGCCAUAUGGCUCCGCUGUUCGAAGAGCUAUGAGGAACAAGCAGCUAGAGAGCCAACAAAAGGUUUCGCCUGCUGCCACGGUGCCCUAUUGGUUUUCUGACCAAAACACUGUUGUCCGGAGCUCAAACCCUGAUGAACUUCUUGUAGGGCAGCCACAACAGUGGGUUGGGAUUAAAAAGACAUCCGUGCUGGCUCCAGAUGAAGGAAGGAACAAUGGACUGCCUUCAGGACCUAGCAGUGAAGAUCCACCACCCUCGGGUGAAUCCGCACCUGAGAAUCGUUACUCGGUGCCGGAAGAACUGUGGAUGAGCUACGAGCAUCCGUCAAGGCAGGCCUUCGACUUCCACCGGUACAAUAUUCGAAAGAGCCUGUGGCAAGGAAGCAACGAUGGCAUCCUAUUUCUGGAUGCUGUUGUUCGGCAGCUCUCUCAACAAUUGAAUACGGAUUUGAUCACUCUCAAUGCGCAAGAUAUCGCUCAGUUGUUUAGCGAGCAGGACUUUGCCGAGACUGGCUCAACAUCACAAAUACGCUCGCUUGGUUAUGAGGUUUAUCGACCAACGGUCGCGACGUGGCCCGAAGCUGAAGGCGAUGGGGAGGGUGAAGAAGAGGUCGCUGAUAUUGCAUCUGUUGCCCAGGGAGCACGGACUGAGGUCAGUACCCCCCGGUUCAUCACCAUUGAAGCUAGCAGAGACACCGGUGAUGUCCCGCUACCGAACUGGCUAGGAUUGAAAUCCCUUGUUGCCUCGAUGAACGGCCAGGGUGAGCAAGAUCCCAGUAACAUGCGUCAUUCUUGGCAACGUGCGGAGGAACGGUGGACGCGCCUUUUGAAUGAAAUCAUCACUUCGCUUGGCAGGCCAGCACUUCCUGCUCCUGAGAAGACUGAGGCUACAUUGGAACCUAACACUGCCCCUUCGGUUUUGCCGCGCGACACCAUUAUACAUGUACAAGACUACCGUGAUAUCCAAAGCUCAAGGGCGGGGUCUAGAGUGAUUUCCCUCCUCCAGAAGGUCAUUCAAGACCAGAGACGGGCUGGCUCACGGAUCAUACUUAUUGGCACCACCUCUCAAGAACUUCAACAAGCCUUCUCGCAGGAUGGGUCUAGCAUCUUACAGAACGUGUUUGAAGAUAACUUCUCGAAAACCCUGGUGAUCACACCAGCAAUGGAUGCAAAGAUUGCCGAGAAAACAUUCGCAGAGGACCAAAGGAAACGGACGAUGGAUAUCAACAUCCGCCACCUCCAAAGCAUGCUACGAUACCGACUGAAUGAAAAUUCUGCUGCGAUAAAAGAUGAUAUCUUUGGUAAUCGAUCUUGGCCGCUUGAUUCGCUUACUUUGAAGCUAUCUGGAAUCAGGGAUCGCCUUUGGUCUUACAACCAGGUACACUGGGUGGCGACCCUGGCGCUUGGCAGUACGGAAGCGGGUGAGCCCUUUGGUUUCGAGCACAUUCGGCGAGGGAUUCAACUCAUGGAUAAGGGCGAUCAAGUGACGAGCGAGUGGCUUAAGGAAAAAUCACCCAAGGCCACCGGCUCGGCCAAUGGUCAAAGCCGUGAACAGCUUCUGAGCUCUCUUCGAAAGACUUGCAACGCCCAUGAGAAGAAACUACUCAAUGGGGUUGUCGAUGCCAAAAGUAUCCGGACGACUUUCGACCAUGUCCAUGUUCCUCCUGAGACUGUGGACGCUCUGAAGACUCUGACAUCCUUGUCUUUGAUCCGCCCGGAAGCCUUCACAUAUGGUGUCUUAGCAACGGAUAAGAUUCCGGGGCUUCUGUUGUAUGGUCCGCCCGGUACCGGUAAAACCUUACUUGCUAAAGCAGUCGCACGUGAGAGUGGGGCGACUGUCCUCGAAGUGAGUGGAUCUGAAGUGUACGACAUGUAUGUCGGUGAAGGCGAGAAGAACGUCAAGGCCAUUUUCACCUUGGCUAAGAAAUUAAGCCCAUGCGUGGUGUUCAUCGACGAAGCGGAUGCCAUUUUCUGUUCCCGCACUGGCUCCAGCAACCGGACGUCGCAUCGCGAAUUGAUCAACCAAUUCCUUCGCGAAUGGGAUGGUUUGAACGACCUGUCAGCAUUUAUCAUGGUCGCUACCAACCGACCAUUUGAUCUGGACGAUGCCGUGCUCAGGCGUCUGCCUCGGAGACUAUUAGUGGACCUGCCAACCGAGCAAGAUCGUCACGAGAUUCUCAAGAUUCACUUGAAAGAAGAGCAACUCGACCCUUCAGUUGACUUAGCUGAUCUAGCGAAACGAACCCCAUUGUAUUCGGGCUCCGAUUUGAAAAAUUUGGCUGUCGCAGCGGCUUUGGCGUGUGUCCGUGAAGAAAACGAGGCCGCGCUUCGACACCAGGGUGACGAACCGUACACGUACCCAACACGCCGCACCCUCACUCUUGCCCAUUUCGACCGGGGCAUGGAAGAGAUCAGUGCUUCCAUCAGUGAGGACAUGUCAUCGCUGUCGUCUAUUCGCAAGUUCGAUGAGCAGUAUGGCGAUCGAAAAUCUCGUCGACCGAAGACGGCCGGCUUGGGGUUUACUUCUGCUAGUGAUGCACCGGUCAAAGAAACUGUGCGAGUUCGGGAGUGA